CUAGCCGAAGUCGAUCAGCUUCAGGCUGCUGCCCUUCCUGCCCUUCCGCCGAUCGUAGAUGACUGAAGAAAAAAAGAGCAGCAGGGGGCAUGUACUUUGCAUGGCAUCCGUGUCUGUCUCUUCUUGUGUGUCUUACUGUUGGCAGGCUUGACGUCCCUGUGGAUGAUGCACUCACUGUGCAGGAACGCCAAAGCCUCCAACAUCUGCCGCGCCACACGCAGGCCCUCGUGGUGCUCGAGCUGACUGGGGGGCUGAUACCCCUUGCUAGACAGAAACUGAACACAUCCAUCGGCAUAGCACACAACCAAUCGCACGUGUGAUUGUCGAUUUCCAGUGGCAUCGUGUGCACACUCACCUCAGACAGCUGCAGGCCCUCUGCCUUCUCCACAUAGAUGGCCGCGGCGCCGAGCUCAAACUGAGCGGCCUUGAUGCGGCAGAUGUGGGGGUGCCUUCCCGCCCUCCUUAUACGGCCCAUGACACUACGAUACACACACAGACGGGCGCACAUACAUGUGAUCAAGCGGGUAGAGCAUCGAUGGCUUCAUUCUCGCUUACCGUGCUUCAUGCAGCACUGCGUGCAGCUUCUGCACCUCCCAGCCGCCGUCGUCCCAGCACCAGUCCGGCGCGUCAGAGAGCUUGUCGCGCUCGGCGGUGUAGCUGGUCGACGGGGCCUGCGCCAUGGCCCGGGCACCUGCGCCAUAUCAGAAAGAAAGAAGAGGCCAAAGAGAAGAUCAUACAGGCGCAUGAGAUGCACCAUGCGGCUGGGCGUACAUACCUGUGUGUGUGUCGAUCGUCUCGUGGACGCUAAACAUCACGGCACACUCCCUCUCGCCCCUCGCCCUCAUCCCCUCCAUCAACACCUCCUGGUGGGGAUCCCCGUCGCUGAUGGUGGCCGUGUGCAGGAAGCGACGCCCCCUCCCUCCCCCGUCCGCCACCAGCGGCACCCCCAGCGCUGCUAUCUCGGCGCUGGCAGCCCUCUUCAUGCUGGCCAGUUCACUCAGACGUCUGAGUAGGCCGCAGAAGAAGGACCCCCUCUGCCAGGCCGUCGGCAGCUUGCACCAGACCUCUCGGGCCAGCUGCGCAAGCCAGUGCUGCUCAACGAACUUGUCGAAGCAGCUCAGCUGCGGCUUGCCGGCGCCGUAGAGGUCCUGGGCGGCCCAGUGGAUGAGCUGGUGCACCCGUGGCAGCGACCUUGAGAUGUCAGCAGACGUCUGGUCGCGCCACAGGGGUGCCUCAUCGGCGUCGUGGGCGUCCCAUGCAUGGCGGCGGACUGAAGAAGCAAGCCGUUUGACACGAAACAGAAAGGUGAGUACGCAGGAGUGAAAUGGCGCUUUGCAGAGGCCUGCCUACCUUCUGGCGGCGCCUUGGGAUCGGGCGCGACAAGACCUUGUGCGUAGAGGUCCUGCAGGGCCAUCUUUGGCCUCCUCCGCCCUCUCAGCUGCUCCCUUCCUCUCCUCCCCCUUCUGUUGCGCUGCUGCUGCCUGUUGAGCGGCUUCUCUGUCUCUCUCUCUCUCUCCUCUCGUGCGGCGACG